AUGCUCCUCCGUGUAACAAAUGUAGAUGUUGUCGUCCAGGCACGGCCGCCGGAACUUUGGCCACAGGCGAGUAUCCCCCACGACGACCCGCGCGUGAUUCCGGGUCAGGGCCCAGAACUGCGACCCGAUCCGAAAGUCCUCGAACUCCACCUCGGGAAGCAUCGUUUCCUCUCCACGCGCCGCCCACCUCUCGUACGCGCCGGGCUCCUCGACCCGGCGCGUGAACCGGAACGAGUGCAGGGGAACGCAGGACGGCGAGAGGAGGACGAACAUGGAGUUGGCCCCGUCGUGGAGGAGCGCGUGGGCGAGCAGCCUGCGAGCAGCCGCGGCGAGGGUGGGGGUGCGGCGGCGCGUGGGCUUGGAGGGGACGACACGGCCGGAGAACACGCCGGAGAACGGCGUCGAGUAAUUGCCGCCGGGGUCGGCGUGGACGUAGAUGUUGUACGCGCUCUUGGGGGCGCGUGCGAAGUACAACUCCCAGAGGGGCGCGAAUGGUAA